AUGAAGUCUCUCUCUCUUCUCUCCGUGGCCGUCGCCGCGCUGGUCUCCAACGUUUCCGCCGCGGGCGUUACCGGCACCCCCGAGGGAUUCGCCUCCGAAGUCACGGGCGGCGGUAGUGCCGAGGGCGCGUACCCCAAGUCAACCGAUGAGCUGGUCUCUAUGCUUGGCGACUCUACCACGCGCGUCAUCCUGCUCGACCAGGAGUUCGAUUUCACCGGCUCGGGCUGCCAGACGGCUAUCAACAAGGAUGAUUGGUGUAACAACUAUCAGCCUGAUGCCCCCAAGGUCGAUGUUAGCUACGAUAAGGCGGGCUUGAACCCGAUUAUCGUCAAUUCGGAUAAGUCGAUUGUUGGUGUUGGUGCGAAUGGUGUUAUCAAGGGCAAGGGUCUUUACAUCAAGGGAACCAAGAACAUUAUUAUCCAGAACAUCCAUAUUACUGAGCUGAACCCUCAGUAUGUUUGGGGCGGAGACGCUAUUACCCUUGAUGGAGCUGAUCUUGUUUGGAUCGAUCACGUCACGACCUCCAACAUCGGCCGACAGCACAUCGUCCUUGGCACCAACGCUGAUAACCGAGUCUCCAUCACCAACAACCACAUCAACGGCGAGAGCCAGUGGUCUGCUACUUGUGACGGACACCAGUACUGGUCCAUGUACUUCACCGGUUCCAGCGACAUGAUCACCAUGAAGAACAACUACAUCACCAAGACCUCCGGCCGCGCCCCCAAGGUCGCCGGAAACACCGUCCUCCACGCCGUCAACAACUACUGGUCUGACAACUCCGGCCACGCCUUCGAGACCAGCGAUCAAGCCAAGAUUCUCGCCGAGGGCAACCUCUUCCAGGACGUCAAGGCCGCUAUCGAGGAGGGAUCUACCGGCGCCAUCUUUGCCAGCCCUGAUGCUUCCGCCAACGCUGCUUGCUCCAGCGGUGUUGGCCACGUCUGCGAGGUUAACCAGUAUGAUAACUCUGGUUCUCUGUCUGGUACCGAUUCUAGCUUCUUCAGCUCUUUCGGCGGAAAGGGUGCUGAGGCUAAGCCUGUGUCUUCCGUCACUGGUCUUGCUGCCAGUGCUGGUUUCGGAACCAUCUAA